AUGAUCCAUGAUGUCCGUGCCACCGGCCCUGAGCUUGUAACAUCCCGUGCCUAUGACGAAAUCACUUUGAUAGAGAGAAGUCUUGGAAGGCUCAUAAAGGAAAUCAAUGAUGAUGCUCCGCUGUGUCCCCUCGAAGAUGAUGGCUCGGCGGAUAUUGCGUCGUACAACCAGCUCCUCCUCAAUAUGGGCAAGUUGACCUGGCUGAAUUGUCCAUGGUUGUACGGUGAAUGCUACCUGUAUCGACGAGUGCAGCUAUUAUUCUCCAGGUCAUCUUCCUGGAAAGGAUACGAUGUGUUUAAACGUCAAAAGGAUUCUACCCUUGUCAAGUCGAAGAAGGCCGUCCAGGAGCUGGAGAGCAGGGUCACUCAAGCCAUUGCAAACCCGAUACAGCCACUCCCAAGCUUGGAUGACGAUUCAGCCAGAAUUGCCUUCUCUGAAAUGACCGAGAUGUGUUUGUGGGGAAACGCAACAGAUCUGUCUCUUCUGACCAACCUUAGUCUGGAGGAAAUUCAGAAAUUACAAGGAAGCGCCUUGAUAGAGGAGAGUCAGCGGAACAUUGUCGACAACGACACAUCAGACGUGUGGCUUUAUCUGCAAAAGGCCCGGUUUGCUGAAAAGAAUCGGCAUAUUGACAUCGUUCUUGACAAUGCUGGAUUUGAGCUAUUUGCAGACGUCCUCUACGCGGCAUACCUCAUCGAAUCUGGUCUAGGAACGAGCAUCACUCUCCACGCGAAAUGUUUUCCCUGGUUUGUCAGCGAUGUAAUACCCAGCGAUAUGGACUUCCUCUUGGACUAUCUGCGUUCCAUAGGCCUGAAUUCUUUUGCCACCCAGAUCGAAAGUUAUUUCGAUCUCGGCUUAAUGCGCAUCGAGGUUCAUUCGUUCUGGACGACAGCUUGGUCAUUUCACGAGAUGGUCGCUGUGGCACCUGAUCUAUUUCAGCAGCUUCAGGCUAGCUAUCUGGCGAUAUGGAAAGGAGACUUGAAUUAUCGAAAGUUGACCAGAGACGGUCUCUGGCCGCACACAACGACUUUCAAGUCUUCACUUGGUCUACUAGGUCACCGAAGCGGCGUCAAAGUCCUUGAGUUGAGAACAAACAAGUCUGAUACUUGCGUUGGAAUUGAAAGUGAGGAAAUCGUCAAGAAGCUUAACCGGAAGGCACCUGGAAUGGGAUGGGUUAGGGAUGGGAAACAUGCUUAG